CGUCACUGCCACCCGGAGUAUUUUAUUUCAACCCAAAGAGUAUUGUGCACGGCCACUGGAGGAAGCACAGGUCCAGCGUCUACGCCGGGAACAAAAUGGAGCAGACGACAUUGUUUACAAUCCCAGAGCAGACAACUUGCAAGGCUGACGACGUGUACAUCCUGGCCACUGACGCAGACACGCAGUUCAACGCCAAGAGUGUGCGCGCGCUCUUUGACCUGUGCGAGAAGGACCGGUCUCUGGGGGCAGCUUGUGGUCGCACGAUUCCCACUGGUGUCGCCAAUCCUAUCGUCUGGUAUCAGAAGUUCGAAUAUUCAAAAGAUUUUUGGUUGGUCAAGGCAUCACAAAAUAUCAUUGGCUCUGUGACCUGUUGCCCGGGGUGUUUUAGUCUGUAUCGAGGUCAGGCCCUUUAUGACAUCAUGAACACGUUCUCAGAACCUAGCAUGUCGGCGUUUGAUGCACUAGUUAAAGAUCACGGUAAAUACGUCAAAUUGAUUUUAUUAUGGCAAUAAUAUAACACCAUGGAGAGUUAUACUUUUGACAGUUAUCGGUUUUUUUUUUUUUUUUUAGUUUAGUUUAGUUUUUUUUUUGUUUUUUUUUUGGUAUUGGGUUUUUUGUUGUUGUUUUUUGUUGUUGUUGUUGUUGUUUGUUUUUUUGUGUUGUGUUUUGCGGGGGUGUUCUUGCGUUUCCAUUUAGACCUUGGCUUUAUGCCAUUUUAUUCCAUCAAAACUUAGUUACACACAGACA